AUGUUUGACUCAGACUGGGGAGACGAUAAAAAGCUAGCAGACAGAGAGAUCACGUGGCACAAACAAAUUUACUAUUCAGACAAAUACGACAACAAGGAGUUUGAGUAUCAGCAUGUCAUGGUGCCCAAGGACAUAGCCAAGCUGGUGCCUAAAACCCAUUUGAUGUCUGACUUUGAAUGGAGGAAUCUUGGUGGUCAGCAGAGUCAGGGAUGGCUGCAUUACACCAUCGAUUAACCAGAACCUCACAUUUUACUGUUCCAGCACCCACUACCCAAGAAGCCGAAGAUGUGA